AUGGCAGCCCCAGCGAAUCCCAUCCUCCGCGUAGGACACGAAAAUGCCCAUGCGUUCGUUGUCGCCAUGCUCGAGGCCUCUGGCGUCUCCUCCAAAAACGCGCCCAUCAUUGCCAACGGCCUGGUGCAGGCAGACCUUCGCGGGGUCGAGAGCCAUGGCGUCAACCGCAUCCCCUCGUAUCUGGCCCGUAUCCGCAACGACGUCCUAGACCCGAAAGCCGAGCCCACCCUCACGGAGGUGACCCCAGUUGUUGCACAGGUCGAUGGCCACAACGGCUUCGGCUUUCCUGCCGCACACCUCGGCAUGGGCGCGGCCAUCGACAUGGCACGCACCUUUGGCAUCGGCAUGGUUAGCGUUAAGCACAGCAACCACUUUGGCAUGUCGGCGUGGAUUGUGCGUCAGGCCGUCGAUGCGGGGUUCCUGUCCCUGGUCUUCACCAACUCGUCGCCAGCACUCCCCGUAUAUGGCGGCAAGUCGCAGCUCAUGGGCGUCUCGCCCAUCGCCUGUGGAGCGCCCAGCGGCGAGAAUUCCAAGCCCUUUAUCCUAGACAUGGCACCAUCCGUGGCCGCCCGCGGCAAGAUCUACAAGGCGCUGCGUCGUCAGGAAAAGAUACCCUCGGACUGGGCCCUCGAUAGCCACGGCAAUCCGACCGACGACCCCCAGGAGGCCCUCAGGGGCGUCAUGCUCCCUAUGGGCGGACCCAAGGGCUCGGCACUGGCUAUCAUGAUGGAUGUCUUCUCGGGUGUGCUGUCGGGCUCCGCGUUCGCCGGCGCCGUCACAGGGCCCUACGACAUGUCCAAACCCGGCGACGUCGGCCACUUCUUCGUCGCCAUCAAGCCGGACCUGUUUGUCAGCCUGCAGGACUUCAAGGAGCGCAUGGAUGUAUUGUACCAGCGCGUCGUCGGGUCCGAGAAGAUGCCAGGCGUCGAGAGGAUCUAUUUUCCCGGGGAGAUCGAGCAGCUGACCGAAGAGAAGAGGCUGAAGGAGGGCAUCCCGUACGUCCAAGACGAGAUCGAUGCCCUCAACGCCGAGGCGGAGAAGCUCGGGGUUGCCAAGAUCCGGCUCAUGCCAAACUGA